AAGGACUUUAGCGAUGAGGUGAUGUUAAGCUCAAUGGCUGAGUCUCUCGUGGCGGCUACAUACGAGCCGUGUAGCCGCUUAUCAAGUUAGGGUUUCGGUUAAUUUCUGUUUCCAAGAUUUGACCAUUCUCCAAGUUCAAGUUCAUUCUCAAUCCAACUACAACUUACCUAUCAUGUUAAAGUCAUCAACCAAUCAAAACCAUUUAAACAUUUACACCAUCUCAGGUUUCAAUCUUGCCAUCGAAAUACUAGAAAGGCUUAUUCAACUUGCUAAACCUACAACAGAACCAUUCGAUUUGGUUAACGAUCUCAAGACUAAUGAAGAUAAAGAAGAUUCAAAUAAAACUUAUCGUUUAAUUACUAAAUAUUAUAGUGCAAACCUCAGUGUGAAGAUUAUCGAUGUGACAAAUAAUACUGAUCAAGACUUCUCUGAUACCGAAACCGAAGACGAUCAUACCAAUCAAGUCUCAAUAAUCGUUUCUAAUCCAAACGAUAGCGAAAACCUAAUUGACUUUUUAUCAACUUUUAAUGAUUUUGAAUCAGAACUUACAAUGGUAAUCUUAUCAACCAAUCAAACUGAUCAAAACCUCAAUCAAAUCGAAGAAUCAUGCCAAGAAUUCGGUUUUGAAUUUUAUGAUCUUGAUACCUUGAAUGAAGCUUCUAUGGCACUUCAGUGUGUUGCAUGGCCCAAGAUUGAAAAACAUGAUAGGAAAUCAUCAGGUUUGGAACCCGAUUUAUUUGAAGAAAACGAAUUGAAUAGUAUUUCAUACGAUUCAAACACAUCUAAUAAAUUACCAGUUGAUAGUCUUUCUGAAAUCGAUUGGAGUAAUCAUGGUAAAUCUCUUAUAAAAUCAACUUCUAAAUCAUCAUCAUCAUCAGAUUUGACAACCGGUUUAGAGAACCAAUUCGAAGACGAUUUCUCACCAUUUGUUUCAGCAGAACUGACUUCAAGUUCAAGUACGACCUUUGAUCCAUUUAACCAAUCAGAUUACGAUCAAUUAGAAGAUCAAGAAGGAAAUCAAGCAACCGAAGAUGAAGAAUUAAAUGAAUUUCUUUUUGGUUCGAAUUUAAAUCAAUCGGGAAUUGAUGAAAUCGAUCUAGAAACGCUAUGUAAUAAGAUUAAUUCUUUAAAAACUUUGGGAUUAAAAAUGAAUGAAGAAAAUCGAAAAAAAUUAGCAAGUCAAGUGGCACUCUUAAUUGAAAAUCAACUUUAAUCAUCCAAAAAGAAAAAAAAAUGUAUUAAGAAGAUUGUGUUCAUUUAAGACAAGAUUAUUCAUCAUUUUGUAUAUUAACGUUUUGUAUUACAGAUGCAUUAAAAGACAUUGAAGUGUUUGGUUUGAUAAU